AGGUGUUUUUGGCUGCACUACAUCCAACAAUGCCUUUGGAUCAAUAUUCGUUGAUAUGGGACACAAAGCGUUCCCUUUAAAUCGAUCUCCUCUUCCGCUCGUAUUCCUCCUGCCGUUGUUCUAUGCGUGUGAAGGCCCAGAUCCUAAAUGCUCAGAGAGGACUUGGUACCGAGGUCGAGGUUGCCGGGAGUACGGUUCGGGGAUUUCGGAAACGGUGGUAGCAGCCUACAAAGCCAGCACGGAGGCACCCAUAUGCUCGUUCGGGACUGAUAUGAUAUGAAUUCGGGGGUUCCUCGGUUGUUCGACACAAAAGUCACAGAAUAUCCAGCCCUUGUCAAGCUGUUGCUUGACCUUGCAUGGUUCCGCUGCAUGCAAAGGAUGGACAUCCUGAGGGUGUUUUGCCGCGAUAGGUGGCACGCACAGUUUCCUUC